UACAAGAAAAUCCUAGAAAAACUGCUUUCGAUUGUGGACGUAUUUUGGAUGAAAAUUUUGCUUCUAAUGAUACAAGUGACCUGCUAAAAGUAUUACAAGGAGCAUCUGCAGAAUCUUUUCUUCAGGCAUGUGGUGCAGCAAGUGGUACAGUUAUAGAAAAAGAAGGACCUUUCUCCUACGCCCCUCUUCAAUCGUAUAUGGAUGGUAAUUUCAAAAAAGUACCAAUUCUGAUGGGAUUCAACUCGGAAGAAUGGAUGUGGUCGGGAUUGGAUCCAGAUAUCACUGCUUUAGCUGAACUCGAUGAUAAUCCUGAAAAACUCAUACCAGAUUUGAUCCAUAUGUCCCCAGCAAAUAAAAAAAUCGCUGGCCAACGCUUGAGAAAACUGUACACGAAAACUUCCUUUCAAAAAGAUAUUGGUGCAUAUUGCAGGUGGAACAGUGAUAACAUAAUGAUAACUCCAAUUUGUAAACAGGCGGAACUUAUAGCCGCUGAGGUGCCAGUUUAUUUAUACCAAUUUUCGUACUACGGCGAAUUGGGACAAGGUCCAACGGAUAUCAUUCCAGGUGCUGGAAGAGUGGCUCAUGCUGAAGAUUUACAUUAUAUGUGGGACGAUGGCUCUAAUUCUGAUCUGAGCAAAUUUCCAGAAGAAGAUGGGUUGACACUUCACCGGUUCGUGAAAAUGUGGACAAACUUUGUAAAGUAUCUAAAUCCAACACCGGAAAAAGAUCCUCUUCUGAAUAAUUUUACCUGGCCCACAACAAACAGUGAAAAUCUUCUCUAUCUCAACUUCAAUGACACUCUGGAGGUGAGAGAAUAUCCAAGACAAUUCAGAGAUGUGAAGGUGAUCUUUGAUAGUUAUAUGGAACCUCCAUAUAACUAUUACUAAAAGUGUAUUGUGUUUAGUUGAAAUGGAAAUAAAUAUUUCAUUAAA